GAGCUCCUCUUGUGAUUGGCUGAGGUGAAGGGGCGGCUUGUUAUGGCUGCCUUUUCACCUGGUUUCUUGCCCGUGAACUUUGAUUUUGGGCUGCAGACGGUGAACAUGGCGGCAGCGCGGCGUCUGUCCCACACGGUGGCCGUGAUUACCAUCAACAACCCGCCUGUCAAUUCAUUGAGCUCCUCUGUUCGUCAUACACUAGUGAAGGAAUUUGGAGAAGCCAGUAAAGACCCGUCCGUGGAGGCCAUUGUGUUGUCUGGGGCCAAUGGAAAGUUCAGUGCCGGUGCAGACAUCCGUGAAUUUGCCACCUCUGCCUUGAAAACCACCUCCUUAGAAGACAUAAAUGCAACAAUUGAAGCGAGCAAGAAGCCUGUAGUGGCUGCCAUUGAAGGCGUUGCCCUUGGUGGAGGGCUUGAGCUAGCCUUGGCAUGUCACUAUAGAGUGGCGCAUAUACAGUCCCGGGUGGGUCUUCCUGAAGUACUAAUUGGCAUUCUGCCAGCAGCCGGAGGAACACAACGCCUACCCCGAUUAAUUGGUGUUCCUGCAGCUCUAGAUGUGAUUGUACGAGGGAGACACGUUCCUGCUACUGAAGCAUUACAGCUGGGCAUUGUGGAUGAGGUUGUAAAGGGUGAUGCUGUUAAUGCAGCCAUACAUCUGGCCCGCAAGGUGAUAGGAAGUGAUUUGAGCAAGCGGAGACUCAGCACCAACCAUUUACCUUCCAAUCCCAACAUGGACGACUUCUUGGACAUCACCAUAGAGAAAGCGAAGAAGCAGUAUCGUGGUGCCCAGGCUCCCAUAGCCUGUAUAGAGGCUGUAAAAGCUGCUGUCCAGAAACCAUACCAACGAGGUAUAGAGAAAGAGAGACAACUGUUCCAUUCUCUCUGGGCCACUGGCCAGCCUCAAGCACAGCAGUAUGCUUUCUUCUCCGAGAGAAACGUUGGGAAGUGGACACAUCCCUCAGGUGGUAGAUGGGACAUUGUUGCACCUAAACCUGUCCACACCGCUGCUGUUAUAGGACUGGGAACGAUGGGAAGAGGGAUCGCCACCUCAUUAGCUAAGGCAAAUAUUCCUGUUGUUGCAUUAGAACAGGAUGCACAACAAUUGGAAAUUGGUAAGAAGGCAGUGAAUGGUCUAUUGGAACGUGAAGCUGAGAAGUUAAUAAAGCAGGGGUUAUCUCCAGGUAGCACUUUGGCCUCUGUGCGUUUCACACUUGACUUUGCAGAUCUCCGUGACAUAGAUUUAGUUAUUGAGGCAGUUUAUGAAAACAUGGAGCUAAAAAAGGAAAUCUUUCGUAAGCUUGCAUCUGUUUGUAAGCCAGAUGCCUUCCUGUGCACCAACACGUCAGGUCUUAAUAUUGAUGAAAUUGCAUCUGUCGCAAAAAACCCUCACCUAGUUAUUGGCACUCAUUUCUUUUCCCCUGCCAACAUCAUGAAACUCCUUGAAGUGGUGAGAGGUCAUCACACUUCACUGACAACCAUUGCCACUGCUAUGAACCUAGGCAAAACCUUGGGAAAGGUGGCAGUACUUGUGGGAAACUGUCCAUCAUUUGUUGGGAAUCGACUCUUAGGCCCAUAUCUUGAUCAGGCAAGUUACCUCCUAGAGGAAGGAUACUAUCCUGAAGAUGUAGACAAAGCUCUUGAAGAUUUUGGCUUUGCAAUGGGCCCUUUUCGUAUGAUGGACCUGGCUGGUUUGGAUAUUGGCUGGAGGUCUAGAAUGGAAAGAGGUAUAGCCGGUAAUAAAGUUCCCCUGGGAACUCCUGCAAGACAAAGAGAAGGUAGGAGGUACUGUCCACUUGCUGACCUGCUAUGUGAAAAUGGAAGACUUGGACAAAAAACUGGUAAAGGCUGGUACCAAUAUGAGAAACCCGGUGGCAGAAUUGCCCAACCUGAUCCAUGGGUGAAAGAUUUUCUCCAAAAAUAUAGAAACACCCACCAAAUAAAACAGCGACCUUCAACCCCAGAAAUGAUUCUUGAAUGUUGCCUGUAUGCUCUUGUCAAUGAAGGAUUCCGUGUCCUAGAAGAUGGUAUAGCCUCUGGUCCAGAGGAUAUUGAUGUUAUCUACAACAAUGGUUAUGGCUGGCCUAAGUAUAGAGGAGGUCCAAUGUAUUAUGCCUCCACCGUUGGCUUAACUAAAGUGUUGGACGUGCUGGAUACAUAUUAUAAAGAAAAUCCUGAUGUCCCAAGUAUGAAGCCUGCCUUUUUAUUGAAGAAAUUGGCUAUGGUAGGGGAACCUCCAUUGAAAGAGUGGAGAACACAGGUUGGAAAUCUUGUUAACAAGCUUUGAAAUGUUCUCAUUAAACAGUGCUUUAUUGCAUUGUGAAAAACAAAGGCAUAUACAAAUCAUUGAGAAGAUAUGUACCACAUAGACUGGAAUCUAAUCUGAAAAUCCUGGUGUAAAAUGAAGGGUUUAGAGCAGAGCAUUCUUCUACAAGAUUUUAUGUAUGAUUCUCCAAAUCAUUAGCAUUCCAAAUGAUGUAUCAUACCAGAAUCAUGUUUAUGACUCUGGACUAGAUAAACUUUGAUUUUCUAAAAAUGUUUUUGAAUUGUUCAAAAAUACAAUUGUUUCAGUGCAAGAUAUACUAUAAAAUAAAUCCAAUGCA